AUGGGAAGAAGGAAAGAUCUCAGCGGGGCCGAACGACAAGCCAUUGCUUUGUUUCUUCUUCAAAACUCAUCAAAUGGGAAGCUUCACUAUGGAACGGCCAAGGCAGCCAUGGAGAAAUGGGGAUGCUGUUGGAGUUCUAUCACCCGUUUGUGGAAGGCUGCAAAGGAAGAACAUGCACAAGGUCAGUUGGUCACCGUUCAAAGCAAAAAACUCAGUAGGAGUCGAAGGAAAAGAGUGCACAUAGAUUUGGAACUCAUUUCAAGUCUUGAAUUGCACAAAAGGGGUACAAUUCGAAGGCUUGCAACCAGCAUAAACUGCUCAAAGAGCACAGUUGGGAGAUGGAUAUCAAAGGGGCUGAUCAGACCUCAUUCUAGUGCCAUUCGACCAGAUUUAACAGCCCCCAACAAGCUAUUACGGCUGCGAUUCUCUCUAGAACAAGUUGUGUAUGACAGAAUAUGCAAUGUCCUCAAGUUCAAUAACAUGCACAAUGUUAUUCAUGCUGAUGAGAAGUGGUUCUACAUGAGCAAAGUAAAUCACAAAUUUUACUUGACUCCAGCAGAAAUCGACCCACACCGCACAUGUAAAAGUAAAAAGUUCAUCAAAAAGAUUAUGUUCCUAUGUGCAGUGUGUAGGCCGUUGUUUGAUGAAGAUGGAAGUGUAUUAUUCGAUGGGAAGAUAGGGAUUUUCCCAUUCACUGAGAUGGUACCAGCGAAGCGAAAAUCAAAGAACCGGGAAGCUGGAACUUUAGAAGAGAAGCCAAUUCAGUCCAUCACUAAACAAGUGAUGAAGGACAUGUACAUCUACAAGCAAGAUAAUGCUAAGCCCCAUAUAAAAGAUGAUGAUCCUGAUUUUAGAGCAGCUGCAAGUGCAAAUGGAUUUGAUAUUCGAAUUAUUCAUCAACCUCCAAAUAGUCCAGACACCAACAUCAAUGAUUUAGGUUGGUUUAGGGCUAUUCAAAGCUUGCAAGUGCAGGCUGUUAGCUCAAAUGAAACUGAACUAGUGCAGGCUGUGCAGAAAUCAUUUGAGGAGAGUGACUUUAAACAAUGUGUUUUUGAGCCUACAAAGCUGCUACACUGA